AUGUUGGUUCUAUUUGAAACAUCGUCUGGAUAUGCAAUCUUUAAGGUCUUGAAUGAGAAGAAAUUACAACAGGCUGACAACUUGUAUAAGGAAUUCAUUUCACCAGAUGAAGCCAACAAAUUCAUCAAGCUAAAGCACUUUCAGAAAUUCGAAGAUACCACUGAGGCUUUGGCUGCUGCAACGGCAGUUGUAGAAGGUAAAGUCAGUAAGAAACUGAAAAAAAUCUUGAAGAAGGCCUAUGCCAAAGAUAUACACGACGAACUUGCCGUAGCUGAUGCUAAAUUAGGCAAUGCCAUCAAAGAAAAAACUGGGAUAGCUUGUGUUUGUAACAAUGCCAUACAUGAAUUAACUAGAGGAAUACGAAGUCAAAUGAACGAAUUGAUAACCGGUUUGCCGGAAAAAGAAAUGAGUGCUAUGGCUCUUGGUCUAGCUCAUAGCCUCUCACGUUACAAGUUGAAAUUUAGCCCAGACAAAGUCGACACAAUGAUCGUUCAAGCUAUAUCCUUACUAGAUGAUUUAGAUAAAGAAUUGAACAAUUACGUUAUGCGUUGCCGUGAAUGGUAUGGUUGGCAUUUCCCUGAAUUGGGCAAAAUUGUAUCGGACCACUUGGUCUUUGUCAAGACAAUCAAUGCGAUCGGUAUGAGAAACAAUACGUCGAGUACAGAUUUAUCAUCGAUUCUUCCCGAAGAAGUAGAGGCUGAGAUUAAAGAAGCUGCAGAAAUUUCCAUGGGUACAGAGAUAUCUGUAGAUGAUAUUGAAAACAUCAAAUAUUUGUGCAAUCAGGUCAUUGAAGUCAGUAAUUAUCGUACAGAACUGUACGAAUAUAUUAAGAAUCGCAUGACCGCUAUUGCUCCUAAUUUAACACUAUUAGUUGGCGAGUUGGUGGGAGCAAGAUUAAUUGCACAUGCUGGUUCCUUGCUCAAUCUUGCUAAAUAUCCAGCCUCAACUGUGCAAAUUCUUGGCGCCGAAAAAGCACUAUUUCGAGCUUUAAAAACCAAACAUGACACACCAAAAUAUGGUCUUAUUUAUCAUGCUUCACUAGUUGGUCAGUCUAAUCCUAAGAAUAAAGGAAAGAUAUCACGUAUGCUGGCUGCUAAAACUUCACUAGCUGCUCGAGUCGAUGCACUAGGCGAAGAAUCAAAUACUGAUGUUGGAAUUGAUGGAAGAGCAAAACUUGAGAUACGCCUAAAGAGUUUAGAAGAAGGCCAUAUGAAGAAAAUUAGUGGUAGUGCCAAAAGCAGCGCCAAAUUUGACAAGUAUACUAAUCAGAGUCAAGUCCGCACUUAUAAUCCUGAUACUGAUUUCGUUGUUGGUAAAAAACGUAAACGUGAGGAAGAUACUUCCGUCAUUGCGGAAGCUAAUGGUAAAGUUAUUUUACUUGUUUCUGUUAUAUAG